AUGAAGUCUACUGAUAACGGUUCAUGUGACACGCGCUUAAAAAAGCAUCGCUGGGAGCCUAUCGAAGAAGCUUUGAAAGGGUUUAAUUUGUGCGAAGAUAUUAGAGACAAGAAGGUGUACAAUCUAGUAAGCCGUUUACAGUUGGACUAUUUUAAACAGUUGGAAAUCCUCGCACCUUACGGAUUCUACGUUGAACGGGGCAAGAAACCAAAACCACUUCAGAAUCUGAUGUAUUUGGUUCGUGACUGGUCUUCCAGAGACGAGUUCAGUUACGGAGCAGUUGGUGGCAAAAAGUACUUGCUGAGGUACACCAAGAAUGGAUCAGAAGAGAUUCAAAAGAUAUGCAGAAGUGUAGGCAGCUGUUUUGAAACGACAUCAUGCUUUCUGAUGCCUCAUCCGAGUUUAGAUGUCGCUGAAGCUGAAGACCCGUUUCAUUGUAUAAAUGUCAGAGAGGAAUUUUUGAAUGAAGUAGAAUUGUUUGCAAGAGAACUGCUAUCGAAGGACCAUCUGGUGGCCAAAAAAAUUGCUGGUCAUGAAGUAACUUGCCAAGAAUUUCUAAAAUUCUUCCUUAAAUAUGCCGAGUUAUUCAGUAUCGACGGUGGUCCAUCUCCGGAAGCUUUGUCCGAGGUUAUUUACAGCGAGUUAAUUUUUCUAAUUAAACGUUUUACGACAGAAAAAGAAAGCGUAUUGGAGUUUAUUAAUUUUACUUUGGUGAUUCUCUGCAGGCAAACGAGGAAGUGA